CCGAUUGACCGACCCAAAUUCAUCAUUAGGGUUCUCUCAUUCUCUGCUCCCUCACUCCCUCCUGAUUUUCUGAAAACCAAUAUAGGCGUUGCCUUUCUCUUCCUCUCUUCUUUACAGAAACAAUGGAAAGAUUGCGGCUUUAGGGCUUUCGUCCUUCGUUAAUGGUCGCUUCAAUAGCUUCGUCCAACUCCAAUAAACCCACAAUGGCGGCGAAAGUGCCGGUGGAGCCUGAGAAGGCCAAUCCCUGCUGCGCUGCGUGGCAAAAGAAGUAUUUGAAGAGUGAGAAGCUACGGAAUCAUCUGCGGGAAGCUGUGAAUAUCCUUCAACAGGGGACGGAAGAAGUUCAAGCACAGAAUUCCAAUCUCAAGAAAGAAUAUGAGGAGUUGCGAGUGCUGGCAGAUAUUGAGAAAGAGGAGAAAGUGAAAGAAUCUGCUGCAAGGGUCUCCCUGGAGAACGAGGUUUCUGAGUUGAAAUCUGAGAUACUUUCUCUCAAGCAGCGAGAAGGUGAAGAUUCUCAGGAUAAGAAUGAAGUAAAGCUUCUUAAAGGUCAGGUUUCUGAUCGGGAAAAAGAGAUUAGUUGUCUCAAGGAGCUGAUUGAGAGAGAGAAGAAAAGAGCAGAAUCAGAAAGUAAGAAAGCAGAAGCGGAGAAGAAAAAGGCUGCUGAAGCACUGAAAAAUAUGAAAAUUGAAAAAAGUAAGGCUGACGAAGAAAGGAAGCGUGCCAAUAUUGAAGGAGAGAAGGCUGAGAAUUAUAGGCUUCGGUUGGAGGUAUUGGAGAAAGACUCUGCUAAAGCAAAAUCUCAUUCUGAAGGGGAAAAAGAGAUUAGUUGUCUCAAGGAGCUUAUAGAGAGAGAGAAGAAAAGAGCAGAAUCAGAAAGUAAGAAAGCAGAAGCGGAGAAGAAAAAGGCUGCUGAAGCACUGAAAAAUAUGAAAAUUGAAAAAAGUAAGGCUGACGAAGAAAGGAAGCGUGCCAAUAUUGAAGGAGAGAAGGCUGAGAAUUAUAGGCUUCGGUUGGAGGUAUUGCAAAUAGAAGCUGAUAAAGCGAAAUCUAAUUUGGCUUCAGAAACAUUGAAACUCGAAGUAGCAAGCAAAAAGCUUGAAGCAGAAAAACUGAAGGUCGUCAAAGAGAGAGAAUGUGCAAAUUCAGAGAUGGCGAAAGCUGAGGAACAGAGGAAGCUUGCAGAAGCCAACAGGAAAAAAACCAUUGAAGAAAAAUCUCGUGCUGAAAGUUUGUCUCUGCAAUUGGUAGAGAGCAGAAAGAGGGUUGAUGAAUUACAAAAAGAGCUAAAUGAACUUAGGUGUUCAAAAGAAUUGCAUGCGGAUCCUGGUGGCCAACCUGAUAGUAAUAGAAUUGCUGUCGCUUCCAAAGAGAUUUCAAAUUUUGAUGAAGCAAACAAAAGAUACGAAGUUGAAAAGCAGAAGGCAGUGAAGGAGAAAAAGCGACCAGACUCAGAGAUGGUGAGAACUCAAAAGCAGAAACAGCUUGCUGAAGUAAAUUGGAAGAGGGCCAUGGAAGAAAAAUCUCGUGCUGAUCAUCUCUCUCGGCAGUUAGAGGAAGCUAAAAAAAAGAUUGAGGAAUUAUCUACUAGAAAUUUAAUCGAGGCAUCUGCUGUUCGACAACUUGCCAAAGGUAUGAGUGAUGAAAGUGCAAAGGUGAAACUUUUAAAGAAGCAGCUGAAGUUUGAGAAAAUGCAAAGAAAGCAUGCUAAGGAAGUGGUCAAGGUCAAGCUGGAAAGAAAUCGCAACAGUAUCCUACAACAAGAACUUGGUCGCUUGAAGUUGGACUUUGAUCAAAUUUCACAGCGCAUGGAUAUGCUUAAUAACUCUUUCUCCUAUAAUGCCGAAGGUAUAGAUGACCAUGAAAAGACCUGGAACAUCAUGAAAAAGCAACGGUUAAGCAACAAGAAUCACCAAGGGUUAGAAUCUUUGCAGAUGAAUCUUCAAAGUGGAACUGACUUUCUGAAAUCUGGCUUCCCAGUUUUGGAUGGAUCAGAUCCUUUCAGGGAAGCCAUGCAACAUACUGGACCUUAUCCUCCUUUAUCUGGAGGAAACUGCACUGGAUCUAUUUCAGGUAUUGAUUCUAAAUUAGAGUCUCCUAGAGGCUCUAAGAGAAACAUGUUACAGAGUUCUGCAAUAAAUUCAAGUACAGCAUCUUUUUCUGAUGGACAGUUGGUGGGCUCACAGGACAAAGGUGCCUUUUCUGUUACCGUGCCAACAAAAUUGGUUGAGGAAAAUGUGCAACCAACAAUGUCCAACUUGUCUACUGAGGUUAUUAAAAGAAAGUGCAACGAAACUAUUGCUGUGGUGGCUGAAAACACUGUCAAAAGUCCUGUACGAACUGAUGGUAUUGGACAGGUCAAUGAGCAUAGCAGGAAGCGAAAGAGGAUAAUAGAUGCAGUUGAGUCAAUUGAAAAUCUUUACUGUGAGGGUAAGAAGUUCCACCAGCAGGUAGAUGAAAAGCUAUCUGAUUUGCAUUGUUUGUUAAGCAAGAAAAUAAAGAAACCAGUUGAAGAAAGACUGCUUGAGAAGAGAAAGGCAGCUUGUGAAGGGAAAUUGGUAUUGGCAAGUUGUGUAGUCAGGAAUGAGCAAAAGAAGGCAGAUAGAUUCAAAAAUGAAUGUGCGAAUGUGUGCAGACAAGUUCCGAAAAUUGUGGGUGAGCUGAUAGGGACUGCCCAAGCGAGCAGAGAAGGCAUAAGUGAUCUCGAUACUAGUGAUAUAGGAAGUUUUGAUGAAGUAGCCGAUGGGAACUACCUUAAACUGUUAGAAUUGGACAAUGCUGCUGAUGAAGAGUGCUACAGGAUGGCAAUGGAAAUGCCAUUGUCUCCUACACUUCCCGAGAUUGAGGUCCUAGAUGUUGAAACUUCUAUUGCCAAUAAGAUCAAUCCUUUAAUAAAGGAAAUUAUCUGUGACAGAUUUUCAAAUAAGAAUGGAGGUCAUGGUGAUUGUUGUGACACACAAGACCUGAAUGGGAAUGGUUCUGGUAAUUCUGUUGCUGGGGCUGAAGUGGUGUCUAAUGCACCUACUUUAAAAAGUAAGGCUAUGUUCCCAUUUGGAAGUGAUGGUGCUGCGGAUGACAAUAUUCUCAAGUAUCAUGUUGUGUUUUCAAACACUGAAGACAGCAGUAGCAUUUCUAGGAUAUGCAACGCAUCCAGAACUUGUAUUGCACAGUGCUCUUUGGCUAUUCAUACAGAGUGGAUGGUGCGAGAUAUUCUGUUUGCUGUUAAGAGUGAAGAAAAACUUCUGCCCAAAGAGAAGGUUUGUGUAUUCGUUUCCUUGUUGCUGCUUAACUUCUCCGUUGCUUCUUCAAGUAAAUUUGGGAGCAUGUAUUGGGAGUCCAACCCCUGCUUGGAUUCUUUUGCUCGACACAUGUGCUCAGUGAUGUCUGAUGGUGAUGGCAGAAGGAUAUUUUCAGAAUUUGGUUGUUUGGAUGAAUCCCUUGGUCUCAUAGAGGAUUUCAUAAUACAUGGAAGAGUUUUCGAUUGUAAGGAUGCACCUUCCAAGACGAUGGUUGGGUGUCACUCUAGCAGCUUCCUACUUGAAGAUAUAUCCCCUCGUCCAUCAUCAGCGGAUGAGUUGGUGGCAGGGAGCAUUGUUUUGGCAUCACUAUGUGCAGCAUUUGAUCACAUUGGUUUUAUUUGUGAAACAUCCUACACCAUUUUGCAGAUUAGGAGAUUAGAUCGUUCCUUGGUUCUGAAGGUGCUGCAUGUUUUUGCUUACUUGGGUGGGGAGAAGUUUUUCAACUUUAGCAACUAUAAUUUAGUGACUGUCAUGAAAUCUAUUGUUACAUUUCUCGAGGGAAUAAGAUCAUCAAAUUCUGCUGGUUCUUGUAUUACAUCAGUAAGCAAUUCAGGAACUGAAUUCUGUCCGUGUGUCAAAUGCCCAUUUUCUGAGGAUGCUGUUUCUGUAGAUACUGCUAUAUCAUUGCUUUUAGAAAAGCUCCAAAGUGAUGCUUUCUUGGGACCUAUGAGUCAGGAUGUGGUGCAAUCAGUCAAUUCAAAUACAAAUAUCACACUGUGCGACCUCUGUGAUCUCCUAUCGUUGGUGGAGCUGGUUGCGUCCAACAUGAGCUGGACAUGGACCAGUGUCGAAGUUGUUCCUCAGCUGAUGAAAAUUUUGGAAUCAUGCAAUGCUGAGAAUGUUAUUGCUGGAAUUGUUGUCCUCCUUGGUCAACUUGGGAGGCUUGGAGUUGAUUCUGUUGGCUAUGAAGAUAAAGGAGUGGAAUUCUUGAGGCAUGAGUUGUCUGCUUUUUUAUGUCGUGACAUUGGGACCAGUGCAGGUCUUCCUACUCAAAUUGCCACCGUCACAUCUAUGCUGGGUCUGAUGUCUUUUGAUUUCAAAACAAUUAUCCAGAGUAACGUGAAUCUUUCCAUCAUUUCAAGUCAAUCUGAUGCGGCCCAGGUGAUAAGAAAGUGGUUUUCCUUGCUGCCAAAAAAACAACAGGAACCGUCAUUCAGCCUUUUACAAGCUGCUAGUGUAGAUAAGAACUGAGAUACUUUCUGAAACUGCAAGGAUGCUCUGUGACCUGAAGGGGAGAAUCCUUUCUCUGCAUGUUGUGGCCAUCUUAGAAUUUUUUUUGUGGGCGGAUUGAGGGUAGGAGAUUUUGGUCAAUUUUUUACCAUUCCAGUAGGGUUCAUGACCAAAAGAGAGUAGGGUUAGUAUUUUUCUCUAUGUCAGAAGAAAUUGAGGAUCGAAGACGGCCAGUGAAGGCAUUUUACUUGUCUAAGAAACUCUUGUAUAUAUUCCUUAGCCAGCCAUUGGUAUUCAGCUUGUUUUAGCUCUCAUCUGUAAAUUUUCCUAUGAGAAUGAAACUGUUCCAUAUCAGUAAAUUGUUGUUGUCCUUUCACCAUUAA